ACGCCGCAAGAUGAGGUUUUUGAGUGGAAUGCAAUAAAUGUUGAAAAUUGAAUUUUAACAUGGAUGAUUGUGAUCAUGUCAUCUGUAUUUUCAGUCAAUUAAUAGCUUUUUCAGUAGAUUUGGAACUUUACAGUAAUUAAUGGCAUUUGUUUGUUUGGUCCAAACAUCUCAGUAUGUGUCAGGUUUCUAGUGCACACUUUCACCUAGUGACACGUUAGAUGCCUGACACGCUGACAGUGGCCUGUAGUCCUUUCCUGCGUCACACAAGCUGGCACACUCUGACACAGUGAUCCCUUCAGGACACGAGCCAGCCUGCAGAGCUCAUGCAUGACCUGCUCUGACCACAUUUAGGGAUUUGGGGCGGGUGAGGCGGAUAUUUCACUAUUAAAAUCUUGAUUUAAGUCACAAGCAAAUGUUACUGGAGAUGUGACAUUCGUGAUUGAGUCAAAUCUUUUUAAAUGACUCUUUUAAAUGAAUAAUGAGAACUGAUUUGCAUUAAUUUUUCUCGCUAAUUGUUCUGCUGUGGAUUUGUAAAGUAGUUGAGGUGUAUACGCUCUGGGUAGGUUAGUACAAUCUUGAAUGCACAUUUUUUGUUUUAUAUACAAUAAGACAUAUUUUUGCUUUUUAUUUGCUUAUUUUAUCUGUACUGGUGAGGGAAAAUUCAAAAUAGUGAUCUCAUUGUCAAUACAUACGGGAUGGGAUAUGACACCAACUUAUGGAAUGUUUAUAAUAAAGACGCAAAUCAAAUUAUUUAAAUAUUAGCAGUGUUUUACAAUAAUUUCCACCAAUGGAGCUACAUUAUUGGAAUGUGUAAAUUUGAAUUAUUCUGACCCAAAUCUUGUUUUACAACUGAUUAAUUCCUUGAUAAAUACAAGUAAUUUCUAUUAAAAAAAAAUUUUGAACAGCUCUUUGAUGGGUAAAAUUCCUUAAGAUCUGGCUACCUUCAAAUACAAUUAAAUAAAAAUAAAUACCUGAUAAUUAAAAUAUAUUGGGGAAAAAAGUUCAAUAAAUUAUUAAAAAAGGAGCCAUAAAUCACAUUUCUAAAGGUUACAAUUAUCAUUUGAAUGUAAAUGAUCUGAUAUCUGCAUCAGACAGAGUUGUAAAAAAAAGGGUUAGAAUAACUAACUGGUCACAAGACUAAAGGGGGCGGGCAACAACAUGAUAACUUUGAAUAUAAAUAGAACGACGUGCAAGACUCCACUGUGGGUGAAAGGGUCGACGUGGUUCUCGCAGGACUACUAUCUGCUCUCAAUAUAAUAAAGUGCGUCCCUAAAUCUGCACCAGAUCAUCAGUAUGGAGACAUCCAGCACAACUGUCCUGCCUGUCUUUGGCCUGGGCUCCAUGGCACAGUCAGCUGGACUAGUGGAGAUUGCGGUCAGGCUGUGCUUAAACCAACGUAAACAACUUUGUCCUCACGUUUGGGUGCCCAUCCUGAAGCCUCUGCGGUCCUGCAUCCGCCCCGCACUUUCAAAACACGUAUCCUCUGACAUCCUACAAGACUUCUCCACUCGGCUGCUCUCAAGUUCCUUUGAGGACUCGGAUGAUGAGGAUAUAUUGGCCCCAGUCAAGAACAAGCGCGUGGUUUUCGCCGACUCCAAAGGAUGGUCCUUGGCAGAGGUUCGAGUCUUCUCUAAUGAGGAGGAGCACGCCGACCUGGACCUGCUGCCAUCCCUGCAGGGUCUGUGGAGCAUGACGGAGGAUGGUUACAGCUGUACGGUCAGCACCUGCUGCCCAGGAACACAGCUCACACUCGGCUUCCCACAGCCCUCUGCUAAUUUCCAGGCCUUCCGUGCCAAGCUCGCUGAGAGCAUGGUCACGCUGGAGAACUGCACGGUCACCGAGCAAGCCCUCAGAGGCACCGUCCGAGUCCGAAACGUCAGCUUUCGAAAAGAUGUGCGUGUGCGCAUCACUUUUGACUCAUGGCAAAGCUACAGAGAUGUGCCCUGCACGUACCUGCAGCAGCGCUUCGGAGGGCCGCACACAGACAUCUUCGAGUUUGACAUCGCCGUACCUAAAGUGCUCGAUGCAAAGAGGAAGAUAGAAUUCUGCUUAAGCUAUUCGCCAGGAGAACAGGGUGUCACCUUUUGGGACAACAACAAUGGGCAGAACUACACGAUCGAUGUGUGCGUGAAGUCACAUCUUUGUCACAACAGAUAAAAGAGGUGUAAGAGUUGCUUACUUUUCAAACAUGAAGUAGUUUUAUUGUUUGUGUUGUUUCACUGUGACUCUUAUCUUAUUUGAUUUAGUGAAUACCAAUUAGUGUCCUUUAAUUGCCACCAAUCUACAGAAUUAUUUAUAAAUAAAUGAUAAAUGGGUUAUACUUGUAUAGCGCUUUUCUACCUUCAAGUUACUCAAAGCGCUUUGACACUAUUUCCACAUUCACCCAUUCACACACACAUUCACACACUGAUGGCGGGAGCUGCCAUGCAAGGCGCUAACCAGCAGCCAUCAGGAGCAAGGGUGAAGUGUCUUGCCCAAGGACACAACAGACGUGACUAAGAUGGUAGAAGGUAGGGAUUGAACCCCAGUAACCAGCAACCCUCCUACCAACUUCGCCACCCUGCCCCAUUUCAGUCAACUCUCACUCGUCCAUUCUUUGCCGCUGAGUAACAGUGCAGAGGGAUGCCUUUUGCUUUGGGCAUCUCUGGGAUUCCCAAAUAGGUCAGAGAUUACUCGGCAGGGACAAAUGUUAGCCUCGCAGCAACAUAGAAGCUAAUCUUAGCUCAGUGUAGUUUAGAUACACCGUGACUGAUUACUGGAGGCUUUGCGCUCCCAUUGUCACAUCUGCAACACCAUGGUAGCAAUACUUUAAUAACAAUAAAAAACAAACAUUUUCAGACAAACUACAGUGUAGCAAAGACAAAAUGAACAACAACAAGCCACAUCAUCUUUGUUUCUUCCAUUUCCAUGCAUGCGUAAUGCAAAGGUUAAUCUGAAAUGAUACCACUGUUAGCACCAUGACAGACAGCUGAGGGUUAGAUAAUGCCAAGCGUUCAGCUGUUGACUCACCUGGCACAACUCAAAAAUUCAGAUUUUCAUUUUUAUGACCACUACUCGUAUUACUGAAGUAGAACUUUCAAAGUCCAACACAAUUCACAGUUGACUUCAUAUUAUUAGUUGUAAAACUAAAAUGGAGUAAAAACUACAGUACUCACCCUUUUCAAGAUAACGAUAGAGAGGAAAGCAGGGAAAUAUAUUAGUGUAUUUAAUUUUAAAGUAAAGUAUUAAAUUAAUGUACCGUAUUUUUCGGACUAUAAGUCGCAGUUUUUUUCAUAGUUUGGCACUUAAUCAGCCUGUUGUUCACUAUUCUUUAUUUAUUUUAAAUUGCCUUUCAAAUGUCUAUUCUUGGUGUUGGGUUUUAUCAAAUGCAUUUCCCCAAAAAAUGUGACUAAUACUCCAGUGCGACUUAUAUAUAUGUUUUUUCUUUCUUUAUUAUGCAUUUUCGGCUGGUGCGACUUAUACUCCGGAGCGACUUUUACUCCGAAAAAUACGGUACGUGUUUGAGGUCUUUAGAGUUAGUCAUUAUUUGAGACUGAUAUGUUUUGCUUAUUAUUUACAAAGCAGCAAGAUAGGUUCUUGUCUCAGUAAGUUACUACUUAUAUGGUAUCACCCUUUUGACAAUUUUACAAAAAACACAGAAAAUGUAAAAUGCACUCACUGAGCUGAGGUCCUUGACGGUUUCCAGAAAUGUUACUUUAAACUCUGAAUUUAACAGAUUUUUGCGUUUGAGUUUGGAGGUUCCACUUACAUUGUUUUUGUUUUUUUUAGUGGUUCCACUUACAAUGUACUUUUUUAAAGGAAAAUCCCUUUUUUUUUUUAAUUUUGCAUAUCCACAAAACUAAUGUGAAACAAAAACAGGUGUUUUCCUUUUCUGUGUGUUCUAAAUAGUGAAAAACUGCUAGUAGGAGGCGGCUAACAAUGCAAGUAAAUUGUACAGUAUUUUGCUCAUUUUAAGCAUUACCAUAUUUCUUUCCUGGGUGCAUUGAUUUCUACAACAAACACUACCUUCACCAACAACAUAGUGAACACUUUCUGUGUAUAAUAAAUACCACAAAUGGCAGAAUGGUAAGAUCCUUGGAGUGUUGUCAUACAGCACUAUUGCCUAACUUUGCAAAUAAAAACA